GUAGACAGUAGUCUGUACUUUAAAGACGCAAUGAAAUCAUUUGCAGGAAAUUUAAUUAUUGAAACGGAGAAUUCGGUGGACAAAAAUCCUGAACUCUAAGGAGAACGUAAAUACGCGAGCACAAUAUCUGGUUAUAAGCUUCCGCGUGGAUAAUGUGGCUAAACCAACAUCGAAAGUUGUUGUCAAACUUGAACCAUAGCUGCGUCAAUGUUUGCCAUUGGGACAUGACAUUGCACAGCCUUUACGCAGUCUGUUAACAACAGUUGAAUUCCCAUGUUCGUGCUAAUAAUAAACGCGAAAGUUGUCGAUCAAAGAUGAAAUAUUUUUAACGAAUGUUUAGUUUUAUUUAUAUGACGUGUACCAAUCGAGGAUACAAAUAAACGACAGAAGAAUGUACGAUUUAAUAGCUUACCCAGUCGAUACUAGUUUUACGCGGAAAAGAACGAUAGAAGGAAUUCUAGAUGUGGGAGAUCGCGACGUCUACUACAGGACCGCGAGGCGAGGACGCGGAAGAUUUAGCCAGGACAUCGGUGGUGGGGAGCGGAUCGCGAAGCGUUCAGGAUUCGGAGCGAGCGCCAGACGACCGAUCAGUCGCAUUGUCAGAAGUGUCGGAAGGAAGUGUCGCGGCAGCACGGCCGCUCGUUCGAUCGUCAGUCGCGAAAAGGAAGCGAAUCGGUUCGAUUCGUACCCGUCGCCCGCCAAACUAGCGCUCACAGCUGUGGUCAGCGUCGCGGUGCUCACCUGUCAACUCGCCGAGUCUUAUCUGCGAGUCGCCAGCCGAUACGCCACGUGCGCGAUGGGCAUGAUGGGAUUGCUCAAAUGGGUUAAAAAGUAAGUGUUCGGUGCCCUUUUGUUUCUUUUCUUUCUGUUAUGGUCGUCCGUUAUAACGCGUUGGAGAACGCUCGAUUUUGUACGGUAGAUUCCCAUCCCCCGUAAAUACUUUGUGCGGGUAACUAACGUUAAAGUAAAAAAGUGGAGAGACGAAGCUGAUAUUCUUCGUUCUUAAUUUAAAGUUAACGAGUUACUUUUAUAUUUAUUACGCGCGAGUUGUUCGAAUGGUAUACAACUUUUUAAAAAUAUCACCUUACAGAGAAUGACGGGACGAAACUUUCUUUAUAUUUACAGUUUAUUCAUCCGACAUUUAGUUUCGAAAAUAAAAAUUGAAAACUUCAGUCCUUUUUCCCAAUAUUCAAUUAGAUCUUAAAAUAUAAAUCGCUGUAAAUGAAUGUCAUUCAUUCCAUUCUCCGUAUGAAGAUAUUUUUGAAAAAUUCAUGCGACGAAUUCAAAAAAUUUCGGCCACUUGCGCGUAGCUCCGCACUUCGUUUUGUUACUGGAGCUCACUUGUUGAUUGCAAAUCAAUUUAUUUCUUCUUUUUGAAUGAACCAUUUCCUCUCGUGUUUGAACGAAGUCCAUUAUCGAAGCUCCUAUUUUUAAUUGGACUCGAUUUCUUAUGAAUAUAUAGUAUAUAAUAUAGAA